AUGGCCACUUCCAAGAUUUAUAAACCAACUCAAAUCCACGCAACAACCAAUACAUCACAAAGUAAUGGUAUGGACCUCACGAGCACCACCAUCAACGGUAUCCUGGACCAAGUCUUCUUGAAAGACGACAGUGCAGAAGAAGUGGAGCAAAAAGAACUAAGAGCAUCCACACAAACACCAAACACACCAGAUGACAUUCCGUUCACAAGAAAGGAAAUACUUCAAAUUGGUCUUCGUGGCAAGUCUGUACCAGAUGUUAGGAUGCAAAUGUCUCUGUUUAUGUUCAGCCAGGCUAAUAUUGCUAUUAACGGACAAUUAGCAUCUCCUACUACGGAUCCAGAAGAACAAGGAAAGAGACUACAUGGUGAGCUAACUAAAGUCACUACAGAUACAACAGUCAGUCCUGAAAAAAGCACAGAGAAUAUUCCAAGUGAUGAAAGUAUUGAAGUCACCACAGAUAUAACAGCCAAUCCUGGAAAACGUGCGGGACCUGUUAUUUUAGUGGCGACAUCUAUGUAUAUGCUUAAUAAACCCGUCAUUGGUCUAAAAGGUUCUGAAGAAGGCGAAGCUACUGGAAAGGGUACAGAAAAUGCUACAUCAGAGAGUAAAGAUACAGGCAGCCCUGGUGACACUUCAGAAACUCCAGGAAGCAUCACUGAGGACACAGGUAGUCCUGGUGACACUGCUCAGACUUCAGAAAGUACUGGCGAAGAUACAGGUAGUCCUGGUAGCACUGCAGAAACGACUGGCGAAACUUCCGAAAGCACUGGGGAAGAUACGGGUAGCCCUGGUGGCACUGCAGAAACAGCUAGUGAAAUUUCAGAAAAUACUGGCGAAGAUACGGGCAGCCCUGGUGGUACUUCAGGGACUUCUAGUGAGACUUCGGGAAGUACUGACGAAGAUACGGUUAGCCCUGGCGGGACAUCAGAAACGAGUACUGAAAUUUCAGGAAGUACUGGCACAGAUACAGGUAGCCCUAAUGGGACUGAAGAAACAUCAGGAAGCACUGACGAAGUUACAGGUAGCCCUUCUGACACUACAGGAACGGCUAGUGAGACUUCGGGAAGCACUGGAGAAAGUACAGGUAGCCCUUCUGAAACUACAGGAACGGCUAGUGAGACUUCGGAAAGCACUGGACAAAGUACAGGUAGCCCUGCUAGCACUACGGAAACGACUAGUGAGACUUCGGAAACAACUGGCGAAGAUACAAGUAGCCCUAGCAGUACAGUAGGAACGUCAAAAAGCGCUAAUGAAGUAAAGAAGAGAUCUGCUGAAGCGGAAAGCCUGAAGAUGCGAAGCAAGAAUCUCUCUAAAAGUCGAGUUGAUGGAAUGGGAAUUAAAGGACGUGAAGCCAUACUGACAGAUUUCAAUUCUUAUCUAUAUGCUGACGCUCUAAAAGCAAACGGAUCUGAAGACAGAGCACUAGAUCCUAGAAACCAGGCACAAGAUGAUUGGGGGAAAAAUGGCCUAAACAAAACUUCGAAGAAGAAAGCAAAAAGGAACGGAAUGCCAAUAAGACAUGUACGAAAUUAUGUGAUGAGAAGCGAAUAAGAUCUUCAAGCAAUGCUUUGUUAAUGGAAAAAAGUGUCAGGGUGUAUACGACAGUUAGCAUCACAUAAAUAUUUCAGUUUUGAAAAUAUAAAGGAAUCAAAAACCCAUCAUUAUAUAUACAUACAUCUUCUCGUCUGCACCUAUGUAACUUUGUAACAUGUAUAGCACUAGA